AUGUCCCUGAGACGCGCUGACAUUGCUGCAUUCGAUGAUUGGCUUUUCGGUCUAGCCAUGUGCGCUAGCCAGGUAACUUCCUUCCAGAUAUCGGCGAUAGCAUCGUGUAAUAGCAACGUCGAAGCAAAAAAGGGAAAUCGCGAAUCACUAAAGGGCAGAAUAAUGAUUCACGAUGUGGUUGCGAAAAAUAACGAGCAGAGUGAAAAGUCGAUGAAUUGCCUGAAAUGCGGUGCGAGCCAUACGCUGUCCGAUUGCUAUGAAUUUCGUGCCCUAUCGCAAAGUGACAGAUGGAAAUUUGUACGGGAAAAUAAACUCUGUUUACGCUGCUUCAAAAGUCAUUUCAUUCGUCGAUGUAAUUCGAAAAGGUGCUGUGGCGUAGAUGAUUGUAGAAUGGCUCACCAUCCACUGCUUCACAAUGGAACUUCGUUGGCGAUUGGUAAACAACAACAAGCAACAUUAUACCACGAGUUGGGCACAGCAGCUGAUAAAGAAACGCAAAGACCGCUUUUCAGGUAUGUGGAGGUUAUUUUACAUAGCGGUACCAAAUCAAUACGUACGUUCGCCCUUAUCGACGAAGGAGCCUCCUGUACGCUAAUUGAGUCUGAAUUGGCGAACGAGCUUGAUUUAGAUGGGCCAGUUGAAUCGUUAUGCUUGCGUUGGACGGGAGAAAUUACUCAAAAUGAGCCUUCGAAACGUUCGAACCGUAGUAAGCACGCACACAUUAAGGGUCUGCCGAUUCGACCCUAUAAUAAAGCAAGAGCGCGAAUAUUGAUAGGUUUGGACAACGCUAAAAUAGGAAUCCCUAUCGAAAUAAGAGAAGAUAGGGGAUCCAACCUUAUUGCCGCAAAGUGCCGACUAGGAUGGAGUGUAUAUGGGCGCGAUAAAACUAACUGCGCUGAACAACCGAGAAUAUUGCAUACCUGCGAAUGUGAUACAACCAGAGACGAUCGUAUGGACCAGGAACUGAAAACAUAUUUUUCUAUUGAUGCCAUCGGAUCAUAUGCACCAAUUAAGCCGUUAAUAUCUAAAGAUGAUGAACGCGCUCUUCAAAUCAUGGAAAAGACCACGCGCUUUAUCUCCGCUGAAAAGAGAUGGGAAACCGGGUUACUUUGGAAGCACGAAGCUGUCGAGCUUCCCGAUUCGCUGCAUAUGGCAAUCCGGCGACUCUCGUGCUUAGAAAGUAAAAUGAAGCGUGAUUCGUCAAUUCGUCAAUUUCUUAUAAACAAAAUACAUGAUUAUGAGAAAAAAGGGUACGUACGUAAGUUGAACAAAAACGAAAUAAAAUAUAGCGCUAGGUCUUGGUAUCUCCCUAUAUUUACUGUUCUCAAUGCCAAUAAAAAGAAAACUCGAUUGGUUUGGGAUGCUGCAGCAAGGGUAAAGGGUGUCGGGCUCAAUGAUAUGUUGCUGAAAGGGCCCGAUCUACUUAAGUCUCUACUGGGGGUACUGCUCCGAUUUCGCGAACGACGUUUCGCAGUUUGUGGAGAUAUACGCGAAAUGUUCCACCAGAUUAAAAUUAUAAAAGAAGAUCAAGUGGCGCAAAAAUUUCUUUGGCGAAACGAUGGCUCGUCUCGCGACUAUGAUAUCUACGUGAUGAGGGUUAUGACAUUCGGCGCUUCGUGCUCGCCUUCCUUGGCGAAUUACAUAAAAAAUCGUAACGCUCACCGAUUUGCUGAUCUUCAUCCCGACGCCGAACGGGCCAUCGUUAGUAACACAUUUGUUGACGAUUGGCUUCAGAGUGCAGACUCUGAAAAUGAAUUGGCUCGUUUAGCAACUAAAGUUCGUUGGGUUCAUCAGGAGGGCGGAUUCCAAAUGAGAAACUGGAAAUCUAAUUCCGAACAUGUACUAUUUUCAUUAGAUGCUGACGACGUUCCAGCCGCCAAAUGUUUUGAAGAGCCAGAAGCCGUUAUAGAAAAGGUACUAGGGAUGUGGUGGCUGCCAGUUUCGGAUGAGUUAACAUACAUUGAAAAUUUUCCAAAGGAAGUUUUUAAUGAAAAUACGAUCGUGUCGAAGCGACAAAUUUUGCGCACAAUAAUGACGAUUUUCGAUCCUAUGGGUUUGCUCGGCUUUGUCAUUGUACAGGCAAAAAUUAUUUUACAAGAUGUCUGGCGCUCCGGAGUAGGUUGGGAUGAACCGAUUAAAGAAGAAGAACGUUGCAACUGGUUUCGUUGGGUAAAACGCAUUCCUGCGAUCAACGGCAUAAAAAUUCCCCGUUGCCUUUCACUUGCCAGCGAAAACCAAAAUAAUCAGUUGCACAUUUUUGUAGAUGCAAGCAUAAAAGCCUACGCUGCGGUGGCCUACAUCCGGUCAGAAGUAGGUUCGCAAAUAUCUUGUUCACUUUUGGCUUCGAAAACUCGCGUUGCGCCAUUGAAGCCCACUUCCAUACCCAGGCUGGAGCUGUUAGCUGCUGUUUUGGGACUUAGGCUGGCAAAUGUUCUUAGCUAUGAACUGUCCAUUACAGUAAAUCGCAGAGUAUUCUAG